AGUUGCUCUCUCUCUCUCUCUCUCUCUCUCUCUCACACACACACACACACACACACACUCCAAAGAGCUAUAGACAUCCAGAUACAAGAAAAACCACCAAAGAGCUAUAGACACCCAAAUACAAGAAAAACCACAUCAAAUCUGUCUAUUGUGCUUUUUAUUUCAGUUAUCCCUCCCUCCCUCCCUCCCUCUAAAUUCCAAAAACACAUCCAGACACCAGGCAAAACAGACCAAAAUCAGCCCAUGGAAUUUUCCUAUUUCAGUUACUUCUCUCAUACAUGUAUAUAGACAUGGAAUUGAGCUUUGAAGAUACUCACUUCCAUAGACAGAUUACAUAGAAAACCCAAAACAGCUAUAAUCUAUCAGUAGUUAUGGAGGAUCUUCAAGUUCUCAUGGAUAGCUUACAGAAAUAAAAGAGCAAACCCACCAACCCAAAUGAGCUAGAAUUCUAUCACCAGCUAUAGGAGAACUUCAAAUUCAUAGACAGCUUAAACAAACAGCUCAUAAAAGAGAAGACCCACAAAGCGAAACAUGGAAAUCUCUGGUCGGGAAGAAUCAGUGCCUUCGAAUUUUGCACUUCCAGUGGACUCCGAGCACAAGGCCACGGAAUUCAGAUUGUUUUCGGUGGCAGCCCCGCACAUGAGGGCCUUUCACCUCUCAUGGCUCUCCUUCUUCGCCUGCUUCGUAUCUACCUUCGCAGCACCGCCCCUCCUCCCCAUAAUCCGCGACAAUCUCAAUCUCUCCACCACUGACAUCGGCAAUGCUGGGAUCGCGUCGGUCUCCGGUGCAGUCUUCGCGCGGGUCGCCAUGGGCACCGCCUGCGACCUCAUGGGCCCACGCCUCGCAUCAGCAUUGCUGUCCAUCCUCACUGCCCCCGCCGUGUAUGCCACUGCUACCGCCAACUCCGCCGCUGCAUUCCUCCUCGUCCGCUUCUUCACUGGCUUCUCGCUUGCCUUGUUUGUCUCGACCCAGUUCUGGAUGAGCUCCAUGUUCUCCGCCCCUGUCGUUGGCAUUGCCAAUGGCUUCUCCGGUGGGUGGGGCAACCUCGGUGGUGGGGCCACCCAGCUCAUCAUGCCCCUCGUCUACUCCCUCAUCUGCCACCUCGGCGCGACCUCUUUCACCGCCUGGCGAAUUGCAUUCUUCAUCCCCGCAACGUUCCAAGUCCUGACUGCAUUCGCCGUAUUGGCUUUCGGCCAAGACCUCCCAGAUGGAAAUUUCAGCCGAUUGCACGAGUCGGGCAAUAAGCCGAAAGACCAAUUCUCAAAGGUUUUCUACCGUGGAAUCACAAACUACAGAGGGUGGAUCCUGGCCUUGACAUAUGGGUUUUGUUUUGGGGUGGAACUGACAAUCGAUAACAUAAUUGCAGAGUAUUUUUAUGAUAGAUUCAAUCUGAAACUCCACACAGCUGGGAUUAUAGCAGCUAGCUUCGGAUUAGCGAACAUAAUUUCUAGGCCGGGAGGUGGGAUUUUAUCAGAUGUGAUGGGGAAGAGGUUUGGGAUGAGGGGGAGGCUGUGGAGUUUGUGGGUGGUGCAGUCCUUGGGUGGGUUGUUCUGCAUUUUGCUCGGGCAGGUCGGAUCAUUAGGUGCUUCCAUUGGUGUCAUGAUCGCCUUCUCUCUGUUUGUUCAAGCUGCAUGCGGGCUGACGUUUGGUAUUGUUCCUUUCGUCUCCAGAAGGUCAUUAGGAGUGGUUUCUGGAAUGACAGGAGGCGGAGGGAACGUGGGUGCGGUUUUGACACAGCUGAUAUUCUUCAAGGGCUCCAGAUACUCGAAGCAAACUGGGAUCACUCUCAUGGGUGUCAUGAUCAUAUCCUGCACCCUCCCUUUAUGGUUGAUCUACUUCCCGCAGUGGGGUGGGAUGCUCUGCGGCCCAUCGACUAAGGACAAUGCCACAGAAGAAGAGUACUACAUAUCGGAAUGGAACGCAAAGGAGAAGGAGAAAGGCUGCCAUCUCGCAAGCUUGAAAUUCGCAGAUAACUGUAAGAGCGAAAGAGGUCGACGGGUGACUUCCAUGCCCUCACCUCCUACAAACGGAACACCAGGAGGCGUAUGAAUCCUAACAAGGAUUUGGGAUUCCUGAAAAGGGAAAAAAUAUAAAAAAAUGUAGCGUGUUUAAUAUGCAAGUGUUUUGUCAAUAGGUGUAUGAGGUUGCACUAGGACUGUUCUAAGUUACUACUUGGUAUUAGGUUGUAUGGAGAAGGCUAAGGCAAUGAAAUAAGCUUUUGAGCACUGGUUUUUA